GCGCGCGGGACGAACAACGAUCCACCGAAACGUCAACAUUCGCUGAAGUAGGUAUCGUUAAUGGGUUGUCGCGCUCGUUGGCGAGUACUCUCGCAGAAUCACGCGCGAACAGCGCCGGACAAAAGAUCUUUCACGUUCUUCAGGUUUCGCCGCGUGUCCCAUUUUUAAUUUAGUCUACCACGAAUUACCCUGGCCAGUGCUGAGUACGCCGUCUACCAAUAGACCCGGCGUCAUAUCCAGUAUUAUCCAACGAAGCUCGACGCCGACAGAGCCGGCUCAGUCGUCUGAUAAACGCGGAGCACCUAGGUAGGUAGGUGCGUCUGCACAUUUGCACAUCCAUCGACGUUGCUGAAUCGUACUGGUGAACAAUGCGCGCGUGGACCCCGUGAAACGGAACACGACCUGUUCAAUAGACGUGCUGGGAAGUGUUGCGAAACCAGUGUCCUCCUACUACCGUGUUUCUCACUUUCUGGCGGAAUUCUAUUCACUGUUGCGUCGUCCAGCAGAAGAUCAGCGUCCAACUUUGCCAGGGAACUUGGUAUCCAGAAGAUUCUCGGUAUCAGGGGAACAGAACCAUAGUAAGAGGAUGAGUCUUCGGUGGAUUCACGAAAAUUUAGAGGCGCCAACAUGCGACGAAGAAUGCAGCGACAUCGAUGACAGUUGCAGCGACGACAGCUAUGAUUCUGAUCUAUCGAUCGUUGAGGAGAAAGGAACGGCGAACGAGAAGGAGAUUAAUGGAGAUCGCAGAGGAAAAAGAGAAACCAGAAGACACCCGACCACCACAGUGAAAUUCGAUGAGAAUGGAACUCCACGUUAUAUCACGAGCAAGAUAAUUAAACAACCACCUUGCGUAAUAUGGGACCCGAGAAAACCAGCGGAAAAUCCUGUAUACAACUGCCUGGUAAUCAAAUUAUUUUGUCGAACUGGCUAUCAUCUUGCUAUCACAGAUUCGGGACGCGUUCGGGGUUUGAGUGGCACUAACGAAGCGCAUGCCCUACUUCACAUUAUACCGGUAUCGUUUGGGGUAAUUCGAGUACAGAGCAUCGAGACUAGUCUUUACCUGGCUUUCAAUAAGAAGGGUCGUUUGUACGGAGAGCCAAAUAUGAACAAGGAUAACACAGAAUGGGAGCAAUGGAACGUCGGUUCUUACGAUGCUUUCCGUUCGCGAAAAUACGCCAAUCAGGGAUGGUGGAUAGGAAUAAAGAAGAACGGACGAGCAAAACCUGGAUCAAAGACUCGCUGGGGUCAAAAAGCGAUACAGUUUUUAGCAAUACGACAGGACUAAUUUCUACGAAUUCUGUGUUCAAUCGUAUACUGGAAAUGAAUCAUUCUACAUAUUAUGUUGUCGCGGCGACAAUGACAAUGUCGACGGUUAUUAUAUGUAUAGAAUAAUUCAACGAAAAUUUGAUAAAUGAAAUCGCGUAAAUCUUUUUUUUUUUGCGACAACGAAGAUCGAUGAUUCGAUGGUUCAUGAAGUGGAUGAGAAUGAUUUAAAUACGAAUUUUUAUGGUAUUUUUUAUGAUGAAUAAAUAACUUGGUUACCUUCCAAUAGAAUAUAAUGUUUAUUAUAACACUGUGUUAAUCAACAACGGAAUAAUUUGGGAUUGUGCAUUCUGCUUGUGCCCUUCAACUGAAACUCCAUCGCGAGUUGCAGUUUCAAAUUGCAGUACAUUUCCUUUUCUUUUAACCAUAUUAUUCGUUGAUCGAUUACGCCGCAGGCAAAGUGUCGAUCAAAGCUUUCGGCAAUUGAAAUUUACACUCUGCUUGCACCGUACAUACGAACGUAAAUCUAUAUUUUAAUAUAUGUAUAUCAUAAUAAUAUUAUAUAUAAUAUAAUAUGCAGGAUGAAACGCAUACUUUUUAGAGUCACAUUAUUCCCGGUAUUUGGGGUUCAAUUAAAAUUUCAUUUUCCUUUAAUAAUUAGAUUACUAUGUAAUUCUUGUAUUUUCUUCUACGCAACGUUGCUAUUCGAUGAAUAUUUAACAUCGGAAAUAAUCCAGACGACCAAGUUACGUGGUUCACCUUGCAUUCAUAUAGAAUUGUAUAUAUAACUAUUUCUUACCUCUUUUGUACAGCUACAUACAUUGCAUACAAGUAUAUCGGAACUCUUAAGCGAAAGCUUGAAUUAAAAAACGCCGGUGUGUUUGAUUAAAUACGGUAACUACAAACACUCAUUACCCUCGCGCCUUAUUUGUAAAUAUCAAAUGCACUGAUAGCAAUCGAUCUUGGACGAAUCAAAUUGAAAAUAGUAGAAACAAACAGACUUUCGAAAAAAUGCUAAAAAAAAAAUAA